AAAGAGUGUAUGAAGAUAGUUUGACAAUAAUUGUAAUCCUUGUUCCGCCGUAAGCAACCUUCUCUCAUUUCCUAUCGUUUUUCAUACCUUUCAUUUCAUUCAUUGUUCCGCCGUAAGCAACCUUCUCUCAUUUCCUAUCGUGCGCUCUAAUCUGCUACUGGAACAAUGAGCAGCCGUUCAAGGAGAACUCUUUAUGUGGGUAACCUUCCUGGGGAUAUCAGAGAGAGGGAAGUUGAAGAUUUGUUUUAUAAGUAUGGACCCAUUGCUCAUAUUGACUUGAAGAUUCCACCAAGACCUCCAGGUUAUGCAUUUGUUGAGUUUGAGGAGGCUCGCCAUGCUCAAGAUGCUAUAGAUGGCCGUGAUGGUUAUGACUUUGAUGGGCAUCGUCUGCGGGUUGAACUUGCUCAUGGUGGGCGUGGGAACUCAUCAUCAACUGACCGCUAUAGCAGUCACAGUGGUGGAGGACGCCGUGGCGUUUCUAAACAUACUGAGUAUCGUGUGGUGAUAAGUGGAUUACCUUCUUCUGCUUCCUGGCAAGAUUUAAAGGAUCACAUGCGGAAGGCAGGAGAUGUUUGUUUUUCCCAAGUUUUUCGUGACGGUGGUGGUACUACUGGGAUUGUAGAUUACACCAAUUAUGAAGACAUGAAGAAUGCUAUCAGGAAGCUUGAUGACUCGGAAUUUCGCAAUGCAUUUUCCCGGUCAUAUGUUCGUGUGAAGGAAUAUAAAGGCAGUCGUAGUCCAAGGGGUAGGAGCAAAAGCCACAGUCGAAGCAGAAGCCGAAGUCGUGGUCGUAGUUAUAGUAGGAGCAGAAGUCCAAGCAAAUCCCCCAAGAAGGCCUCACGCCGGUCACCUGCUAGAUCUCGUUCUCGAUCGGUAUCAUCUAAGUCUAGAUCAAGGUCUCGCUCUUUGUCUAGAUCACGAUCAAGGUCCAGGUCCCCAGUGCCAUCUCAAAAGAAAAAUUUGAGCAAAAGCCCCAAGAAGGGUAGCCCCAGCCCCCGUCGGGAACGGAGCAAGAGCUUGAGCAAGAGCCCAAGCAGGAGCAGGAGCAGGAGCAAGAGUAAGAGCAAGAGUCCAUCCAGGUAAAGCUGUGUUGGCUCAAUUGCCUUAGCCAUUGCAAAUCUCCAUAUUGGUUGCAAGUACUCAAUUGGUCCAAGUUGUGGGAGAUUAACUGCAAAUAGAGGUAUUGGAAGGCUGGCUUUUCUCAAGUAAGAUUAUGUACUUAGCAGAGUGUUGUUUUUAAAUUGUAGUAUCAUAUGUUUGGUACUAAGGGUCUUGGUAAACAUUAGUACAUUACUUUGUGAUGACCAAGGGUCUUGUCAUCGGUAAACUUUGAAUCUUUUGCUACUGGAUAGACAUAGAAUUGCUUCAGUUAUGUCUUAAUUGUUCUUGUUAAUUGAUUAAUCACUCCAGUUAUAUUUGGUAAGGAUUUUAUGCU